AUGUCAAUUUCAGGUGAACGGCGAUCUUCUUUUACCAACUCGACAAGGUCAUUCUUCUGUCCCCUCACCAACCAAAUGGAAUCCACAAAACCCUCCACCAAAGUUGACCGCAUGGUCUCUCCCAUUCCUUCACCCCUUCCAUCACAACCAUCAGUCUCCGUCUACGGCACCAUGGAUCGAUCCUCCCGCACUCGCAAUCGUAGCGGAACCUUCAACCCCUCCCAGAACGACUACGACAACGGAGGCUUCAGUACCUGGAGGUCAUCUCAAUUUUACCCAGGAGUAACAGCAGGCAACACUGGAGUACAAAGUGAGCGAGUGACGGAUCUGGGUGCGAGCCGAAUCUCAUUGUGGAGCCAGAAGACAUCUGUAGAGCAACCAGAGCCUCAACGAUUUGGCAGUCUUGGCAGGCAUGAUGAUCGGCUUAUUCGAAAGUACCUUCAACGGCAUUCAUCAAUGGGGUCAAGGGCAUUUCUGCCGGAGACUGGAGGAGGACAUAGUUUUUUGCAAUAUAGCCAGCGAUAG